GAUUAAAAAUUGUAAUCAGGUUAAUCACAGGUUUCUGUGGAUUAAUCAUGAUUCAUCACAUAUUACCGAUAUUCUCGGUAUAUUUUGUGAGAACAUAGAGAUUUAUGACAAAAGACGGAUAUAUACAUUUAUACAUUCUUCUAUACAAUGGUGCUGCAACUCAGCAGUUAUUUAGCAGUUUUCUUCCAUAUGGAACAUUAAUACAUCUUCAUCCUAAACAGAAUGUUUAACCCUCCUGUUACCUUUCGGGUCAAUUUGACCCCAUUCAAUGUUUAAUGUCGGUGUUCUUUGGGGUCAAUUUGACCCCAGGCUGUUUUUCACUGUCAAACAUAUAAGAAAUAUCAACUUUUUUAUUUAUUUAAAGGGCUAUUUAGGUAAUCAACAAACAAACAUAAAGUACCUCACACUUAAACUUGGGAAGCAAUAUUAAUUCUAAUAAUUUUCUGGAGGUUUUAAUUGCUGGGGUCAAAUUGACCCCGAGGGUAAAAUAUGUUAGUAAAUGUAAAGGUAACAGGAGGGUUAAACAGAACAUUGUUCUCUUGUUUGUCAACCAUUAACUCCACCAUGAUACAAUCUAAAGGCCUCUAGUCUUCCUCUAGCAGCUGCUGAGGCAAACUGACUGUGUGGGUUUUCUUCAUGAACUGGGCCGUGAUGAAAGGGACGGCGGGGACACCGCUGCAAAGCUGAAACCUCACCGGCCCGGACAGGUGGACAGAUUGACAAGUGACUUUUCUUUUGCUCGGUCCCGAUGCGCGCGCACGGAGCUCUGUGGCGCGCGAGACGGAGAUCGAUAAGUGUUAACGCAACGCGAAGAGACAGAAAUGACAUGCUGCUGUGGAGAUACGAUCAACAACAGACGUUUAGUUUAAUAAAAGAACAAAGACGUGCUCUAGAGAACAUGUCGGGGCGGGCCAAUCUCUUUAAUGUCAUGCGAUCUACCGACACUACGCCGCGAUCGACUGGCAGGUCGCGAUCGACGUGUUGAGACCCUGAUCUACAGGAAGUAGAAGUCGUCACAAGGUUUCCGGAGGUGAACCUGCGGAAGGAUCAUUACCGAUGAACAGACCGUCUGCAUGAGAGCGGACAGAGUUCAGAUUGAAGUGGUGGAUUGGAAGCUCAUUUUGCAAGUGACUUUUUUUUCGUCCCGAUGUGCGCGCACACGCCGGCAUCCGAGCUCUGCGGCGCGCGAGACGGAGAUCGGAGUCGUGUUAACGCGACACUAGAGACAGAAUGACACGCUGCUGGAGAGACGACCAACAACAGACGGAUUGGAAGCUCAUUCUGCGCAUGCGUUAAAUGCGUUAAAAAAAAAAAACUAUGACAUGCGCUAGCAGCAGCAUGCCGUACGUGGACCGGUUGCACCGCGUGUGCGGCUUUCUGGACGUCGAGGAGAAGGAGAACAGCUGCCGCUUCCAGAGGCGAUACUUCAUCCUGGACACGCAGGAAAAUGUUCUGCUGUGGUACAUGGACAACCCUCAGAACUUGCCCAGUGGAACGAGCUUUGUUGGCAGCCUGAGACUCCCCUACAUCUCUAAGGUGAAUGAAGCUACGGCGAAGCAAAAGCCAAAGACAGAGUUCUGCUUUGUCAUCAAUGCAGUUUCCAGGAGGUACUUCCUCCAAGGCAACGAUGUGGCCGACAUGAGGGACUGGGUGGCUGCUCUCAACAAGGCCAGCAAGAUCACUGUCCCUAAGUCCGGCCCCGUGCCGCCGAGGGCCGACGUGACCAAAGUGAUCAGCGACACUCGGGGAGGAAGGAGGCCGCACGCCUACAAGACCGAGAUCAUCGGCGGCGUGGUGGUGCACACUCCCAUCCAGAACGAGAGCGACGAGGCUGAGGAGAGGCAGAGGAAGGGCAGCAGGCCGGCGGUGCUGAGGGGCGGCUACUGCGUCAAACAGGGAAACGUGAGGAAGAGCUGGAAGAGGAGGUUUUUCACCCUGGAUGACAACACAGUCAGUUACUACAAGUCUGAGAUGGUGAGGCGGCGGCGGCGGCGUGUCUCCCUCCUCGGUCAUCUCCGCAAGGUCCACGAGUGUCUCGUCAAGUCAGGGGACCUCCUGCUGAGAGACAACCUGUUUGCGAUCAUCACCAGCUCCCGAACCUUCUACGUCCAGACCGACUCUCCAGAGGAGAUGCACUGCUGGAUCAGGGACAUUGAGCUGAAGAUCCAGGACUUCCGGGGUCCCCCGAAGGGCUUUCCAUUUAAACGCGGGUCAUCUCUCUAUCGGAGUCACACCGCCUCCUCGGCCUCUCGAGGUCAACAGGGCGCCGAGCGCCGCCCCGCACUGGUCAAGUCCCGCUCCGUGACCCCGGGCUGGCAGCCCUGGACGCCCGUCCAUCCGGGCGAGCCCUCCAUCCUGGAUGGAGAGGAUGGAGACAGUGCGUUCAGCUCGGUGCCCACCUUUCCGUCGCUCUCCUCCUCCUCCACCUCUUCAUCCACCUCCUCCUCCUCCACCUCCCUCUCCGCCACAAUGCCCAAUCCAGCAGCUCCAGGCAGCGGACUGGGGAUCCUCGCCGCGGCCGGAGAGGCGGCCGGCGGGCGUCGGCGGCACCGCUCGCAGCCUCAGCCUCACACCGGCUGCAGCUUCCCCUUCAGCCUGGACGCAGACGGCAUCCGCACCUCCGACGUCUGAGCUCAGGGAAGCCUGCGCAGACUCCCGUGUGGAGGGAGAGUCGUGCCUGUUUUAACAUGAAUGUGACUGGUAAUCAUAGUAUUCCCUGCUCAUGAAGUGAGACUGUGACCUUCUGCCUCCACGCCAUGGUGAGGGGCCUCCUGCUGGUCUCGGAGCUGUACUGCAGACGAAGGACGCAGCCAGCUGGAAGUUUGUUGUUCGUUGUUCACGGGACUGUGAAGAAGUACGAUGGAGUGCUUUUAGUGCAACUUCCUCUGAAAACUUGAAUAAUCUUGUUGUUAUUUGUUCUUACAGACUAACAAAUGAUGGCACAUGCUUUCAGUCUGUUGCACUCGGCUCCCCGCGGAGACGUGACUCUGUCAUCAGGAACGUGUUUGAAGUAUUCUCCAAGAACUGUCGAAGGCAUUGAAACUCAUCAGUUUCCACUUUCUUUAUAUUCAAGCUCAUCUUCACACAAUACUUGUUUUAAAUGGGGUCUUUUUAGUUUAUUUUAAGGCCAGCAGUGUUUGUUUUAAAUCGUUCAUCCUGAAAGGCAUGUUGUACGACAUCAACUUUUCUUCAUUAAUAAUUAACAAUAAUUUGUUUACUAACAUCUAAUCCGGUUUCUGGGGGAAAGUAUAAGUAUAGGUCCCAUAAAAAAGAACGAGCGCUCUUCUGUUGUCAGCAGCACCUUGUGUAUGUCCCCACUAUGUUUUAUGCAGGAGCUUUAAAUACUUAAAAUAAGAUCAACUUUUAAUAAACUGACUCUUGUAACGAGCGUCUGGUACUGCAGUGGUUUAGAUGGUACGGUCAACAUCACAGUAGUUGAUCCGCUUGUUGACAGCUUGGUAAAUGUGAUUUUCUUAUUCCAGCAUUAUGUUGGAACACGUGCCACUACUUCUGGUAAUUUAUCUGUAAUUCUGCACUUUGCUUUUCUCAUUGUAAUUUGUGUUUGUUGUUGUUUUGCUUUUACAGCACAUAUUACAGCUUCCUCUGAGAUGAUGCCUCAGAUGUGUUGUAUUGUUACGCCCGGACUCUCAGGCCUCCUCAGGUUCACCCCAAGACUUCCUUGAAGUGGUGCCGUGUGCACAGCUGUGUCUGUUCAUGUCGCUGUGUGCACUCGUCUGCCUGCAGAUGGAGUUCAUUUUCUUUCUUGUACAUUAAAUGAUGCUUUUUA